AUGCUACUCUGGACAUCCAUUACGCAGGUACCGAUCGUCAUUGUUUUAACUGUGUACACGUUUGUAGUGACUGGAGAGGUCCGUUAUUCUAUUCCGGAGGAGAAAACGAGGGAGUCUUUCAUAGGUAAUAUUGCUAAGGAUUUAGGAUUAGAUGAUCAGAGACUGAAAACUGGAAGAGCUCAUAUUUAUACAGAAGGGGGCACGGAAUAUAUUGAGCUUAAUGUAAAUAAGGGGAUUUUAGUUGUUAAAGACAGAAUUGACAGAGAACAGAUCUGCGAAAGAAUAAUUCCUUGCUUAUUACAUUUUCAGAUUGUCCUUGAAAAUCCUAUGGAAUUUCAUAGAGUUACCAUUGAUAUUGUGGAUAUAAAUGACAAUAAUCCUUCGUUUACCAAAAAAUAUAUUCGGUUAGAAAUUAGUGAAUUAUCCGUUCCAGGAGCAUUGUUUUCUCUACCGAGUGCAGUAGACAGCGAUGUCGGUAUUAACACACUGAAAUCAUAUACGCUCACACCAAACGAUCAUUUUAAACUAAAGAUGCAGGCUCAGUCGGACGGCAGUAGUUCGGUGAAUUUAUUGUUAGAAAUGCCUUUGGACAGAGAAAAACAAGAAGAGCAUUUUCUGCUUUUAACAGCGGUUGAUGGAGGGGAGCCUCAGCGGUCUGGCACGGUCGAAAUUAACAUUAUUGUUCUCGAUGCCAAUGACAAUGCCCCCGUUUUUACUGAAGAUAUUUACAAAGCUGCUGUCCUAGAAGAUUCGUCGAUAGGCUCUGUGCUCAUAAGAGUAAAUGCCACUGACGCAGACAAAGAUAUGAAUGGAUACAUUAAAUACUUCUUCUCUCACGUAGCAGAUAAUGCUCAAGGUAUAUUUGAAAUAAAUCCUGAUUCAGGAGAAAUAAAACUUAUUGGGCAAGUAGAUUUUGAAAACAGGAAAAUGUAUGAAAUGACAGUGGAGGCAAAAGACGUUGGUGGUCUUGUAAGUUCUAGUAAAGUAAUAAUUGAAGUAAUUGACGUAAAUGAUAACGUACCGUUUAUAAAUCUCAUGUCAGUAUCAAAUCAAAUCUCCGAAGACUCCUUACCUGGUACAGUGAUAGCAAUGAUUAACGUGCAAGAUAAAGACUCUGGGAAAAAUGGUAAAGUCAGUUGUCUGGUUAGUCAAAAUAUUCCAUUUAAAUUAAAGUCAUCUUUAAAUAAUUUUUAUACUUUAGAAACAGAUGGCUUUCUAGAUCGCGAAAAAGUGUCGCAAUAUAAUAUUACCAUUGUAGCUAAAGAUGAAGGACAGCCUCCACUUUCAGCCACACAUUCAAUCACACUGCAGAUUAGUGAUGUUAACGAUAAUGUUCCAAAAUUUGAAAAGCAACAUUACACAACAUACAUCAUGGAAAACAAUGCUCCCGGGUCUUCGUUUUUUUCGGUGAGAGCCAAAGAUGACGACUCGGACCUCAACAGUAGAAUAUCUUACUUUAUUGAAGAAAGAGGGAUUAGUAACAUCUCGGUUUCAUCAUUCGUGUCUGUUAAUUCAGAUGAAGGUGUCCUCUAUGCCGUGCGUUCAUUCGAUUUUGAGCAGCUGAGUCAUUUUCAAGUCUCUGUUACAGCAAAAGAUAGAGGAUCCCCGCCUCUGAGUUCCAGUGUAAUAAUAGAUAUAUAUGUUCAGGAUCAAAACGACAAUCAUCCAGAGAUUUUAUAUCCAGUUCUGAGCAAAGUGUCACCGGUCGCUGAGUUCAUACCUCGUUCUGCAGAUGUUGGCUAUCUGGUUACUAAGGUUGUGGCCGUUGACAAGGACUCUGGACAGAAUGCUUGGCUUUCCUAUAAACUUGUCAAACCCACCGACCAGACGCUUUUCGAAGUGGGCUUACAUAAUGGAGAAGUAAGAACCCUUCGUCCAGUUAUGGAGAAAGAUUCUUCAAAGCAAAGACUAGCUAUUUUAGUAGAAGACAGCGGACAGCCCUCUCGCUCUGCUACAGCCAAUGUCAAUGUUGCCAUUACUGAUAACUUAGCAAUGGCGUUCACAGAAUUCAGUGAUUUUGCGCAAGAGAGAAGUGACAGUGACAUCAGGUUUUAUUUAGUGCUCGCCUUAGUAAUAGUCUCAUUCAUUUUUAUCGUGUUCAUUAUUGUUCUAAUAUCAUUAAAAUUGCACAGGUGGAGAAGUAAUAAACUUUUCAAUGAGUGCUCAAAUGGAACUCUCCCUGUUAUUCCGUACUACCCGCCCCGUUAUGCAGAAGUCGGAGCCACCGGGACCCUUUGUCAUGUCUAUAACUAUGAGGUCUGCCUCACGACAGAUUCUGGAAAAAGUGAAUUUAAAUAUGUAAAACCUGUGACACAGAGUGUUAUGGAAAAAGAUCCUAGUGAAAAUGAAGCAAGGGGUCGCAUCUCGAAUAAUUUAAUUGAAGAUGAAGAUUUCUUGCAGGUAAGCUUCAUUAUGGUACAAUUUGCUGACUAA